AUGGUUGAUGGCAGGCAAAGUAUUGUUGAAGAUCUGAGGAAACCAGAGCUUUUGGAGGAUGUAGCAGCUACUGAAGCAUUCAUCAGUUCCGCUGAAGUGGCAGUCAUUGGAUUCUUCCAGGAUUCAGAGCGACCAGAGUUUUCAGAAUUCCUUACGAUGGUACAAAAUGUGCAAGAGGUAGCAUUUGGGGUCUGCACCAGCCUUCAUGUCCUCUCUCAUUACAAUAUCACAACAAAUACCAUUUCCGUUUAGCGUAUGGUGGACAACAAAAGGCAUGAUUUGGAAACAGCAGACAUUGAAGGACUUGACGCCAGCAAGCUGAGUCGCUUCGUUCAGAUGCAAGGACUCAGAUGGGUGACUGAGUACAACCCUAUGACUGCCAUAGGCCUCUUUGACAGUGUUGUUGAGACCCAUCUUCUCUUGUUCACUGACAAGUUAUCCCCGAACCAUACAGAAAGAAUCAACAAGUACCGUGAAGCAGCAAUAUUAUUUCAAGGGAAGGUACUUUUCAUCUUUGUGGACAUCCACGUCAAAAACAAUGAUCAGGUUCUAUCUUAUUUUCAUUUGAAGAAGUCCCAGCUGCCUGCACUGGCUGUGUUCCACACGCCAGAUGAGGAGUAUGAUGUACUGCAUCUCGAUGAAGUCUCUGUGGAGACUGUCAAGGAUUUCUGUAAUGGUUUCUUACAGAGACAAAAAGAAAAAGAAAAUCCCAAGCCGGAGGAUAAGAUCUUCAAAGAGGAGCUCUGACCCCAUUCUAAGUCUGCAACAACACCAUAACUCCAGUGUAAUCGUACAAACAUGGUUGCUCUUACUGGCAAAAUAAUCAGCUGCAACUCAGUCAUCUGGAGAUCCUGACAUAACAAAAAUGUUCCCAGUUAUUCAGUCCUUUCCCAGUCGUUCCUUCAAUAGUCAUGUUGUCUUCCCCAUUUUAUCAACUUUGUUUUCAAUUCUGGUCUUCAGGAAUUAGGAUUCAAUACUUUAUUGUAAAGAGUGAAGUGUUGCCCACUGGGAUACGGUGGUAGCCACUGGAUUGGCUCCAAGGCAAUUGGAAGUGGAUAGAAUUGUUCUUUGUGUAACUGGACAUGUGUUAUUCAUGUAGUAAUUAAUCACUGGAAACUCUGGGUGUAGUGAAGCAGCUAGAGUAGAGAACUUUCAGCCAAUGCCUUGGUUGCAGAACCAGUUCCAAUCUUCUGAGGCUUACCUUGUUGGGCCUUCAGACAAUGUCUUUCUUUUUCCAGUGGGCAAAACCCUGGGUGGAGCAAAGCCUGUCUGGCUGAUGAAGUACUUCUCCUUAACUCUUUAUGAUAUCAGGUGCAGGGCUAGAGAGAAGAACUUUGGGGAAAAGGUUCUCACACUCUCACCAUCUAGCCCAGUCCUCCCAGUUUAUUACACUUGAUUUAUUGUCUUUGAUAUAGUGGGCAUAUUAGUAAUUAAAUUAAUAUCAUUUAAUGCUUUCUGCAUGUGUGUCUCUCAUACAAGAGAUUCUAUGUGCCUUCUAGCCUUGUACUAAAGAGGUUUCAAGCAUCUUGAUUUUGACAAAUGAAUCAUGACCUUUUCCACCCUUGACGUUCUGCUUUCCUUCCUUUCCGGGUAACAUGAUUUCCCCCUUUAAACUCAAGCAAGUUAGGUUUUUUGCAUAUGGGUCCAUAUCACUUUGCUACCUUCUUCCAUUAAUUUAAUUUGAAGGUGGAAGCUGAAGACUGUGUUAUACCUCCCGACGACUAGCAAUAAAAGAAAAGCCA